CAUCACCGUUGACGCAAGAGAAUACCACUGGCUGGCUCGAUACAAUCAGCGCGAGAAAAAAGGAAAAAGAUAUCGAAAGGAAUUCCAGGAAGAGGAAAGAGCGCACAUGGAAUCGUUCAUUUUCAUGCCAUCUCCAAAAGGAAAAUUUGUUUGGAAAUUCUACAUCGAAACUCGAGUCGCAAUGAUGGACAAAGCCCUUACUGUGUAUUCGCAACGAAAAUAUGUUCGGUUAAAAUUCGAUCAUUACUCUGAUUCUGUUCAUGCAAGUGAUGAAACAGCCAAAAUACAGCUGCGAACUCACCUAUCGGCAUUAAAAAACGUCAACGAUGUCCGGGCACACGCAAACUGGUGGCCAGUUUCAAGAAACUAGGAAAUGUUGUCAUCAAAUUCAUUGACGAAUGGAAUACAUCACAGCAUUGCGCCAAAUGUAUCAAUCGUUUUGAUCCACGUACGAAGAGUCAUCGCUUCAAAGUAUGCCACAACUGCCUGCAGACUGGAUAUCAAGUACGAGACGGUGUUAUGAUUUUGCCAAAGGUUAUCAUCACAAAAAUGAGUAAGCGACAAAUGCAACGUCUUCGCAAACGAAAGCGAUUGGAACAAGCUGCCCAGCCAAACAAUGUUGUUCAGCCAAUUGUUGCAUAUCCAAAUCCACCACAACCACGUUUAGUUCCCAAAAUCGUAGUAUUAUUCAAAAUGGAACUAAAUGACGCCGGUGAAUGGGUAUAUGUAGCAAUGCAAACCAAAACCGUUUGGGACCGGGACAUAGUUGCGGCCAAAUGUAUCAUGUACAAAGGCCAUUGUGAGGUGUUCGGUGAAGAAAUCCAUGCAUCACUGAAACGUCCACGACCACCACCUCAUGUCCAGUUACCUGAUGAGCCAGCCGAUGAAGACGACAAUUGGUACGACGAAUGGUUCUAUGAGAACUACGACGAGUGGUACAACGUAGCGGAUAACGGCGAAGGCAUUUGGGGGGAAGACCAGUUUGGAAAUAUCAUUGUGCAUAUGCUUGACAAUUAAUAAACAAACACCGACGUCGUUUAGUAUUAAGAUUAGAAAAAAUAAUGUAACAAAUGUUACUUAGCUAGGCUUGAUUUAGUAUACAUAAGUGUGCUAUCUGUGGCCUUGCAAACUAAUUAGAUAAUAAUUAGGUCUUGAUGAAUCCAAUUUUGGAUCAUUGGGAUAGUCGUACAACUGCACCGCGUACAUCUCGUACGUUUGUAGAUGCAAACACAUCGAAUUUGUGCCAUUUUUAAAUAAAAAUAUUUUUCAUUUUAUAUAUUAAUUUGUAACAAAAAACCCGAAAAUAUAGCCAG